AUGACAUGUAACUCUCCGUCUCUCCAGGUAGUAAAUUCUCCGGGGUCUACUUCAGUACUAUCUGAUGGGAUUGGCGAAACGCGACGUCAAGACGACGUGCUGGUGGUCCGCAGCGGCCGAGUGUUGACGCUGUCGGAAUGGCAUAGCGUAAGAGUGGGGCGGUAUCGCCGUAAGCUGUACCUGUGGGUCGACGGGAUGGUCAACUACGCCGUCCUGCAGCCGUCUGAGGGAAUUUCGAACUUUGAUAAUCUCAUAUACUUCGGAGGUUUACCAGAUCUGUCCCGCAUGCCACUCGGCUCCACGGCUGGACUUCCGGUUCCGUUUUCCGGAUGCAUACGCAGACUGUCGAUCGACUACGAGACGAUAACACUCAACUAUUCGUCGAUCACCGCUGGCAGGAACAUUGCUGAUUGCGACGGGACACCGUGCGGCGGUGACUUGUGCCAUCAUGGCGGAAGCUGUUGGUUGGACAUGGACAUGAAACCACACUGCCAUUGCCUUCAGGAGUUCACCGGAGACUCGUGUAACAAGCAAGCGCCUUGCACUGAAUUCAAGUGCCAGAAUAAAGGCCACUGUGUAAGUGAAAGCGGCAAUACGACGUUCGUGUGCAAAUGCCCUCCAGGCUGGGACGGUCCGUUCUGUACAAAAGAGCUUCCAACUGGUCCACCACUAUUCAAAGGACAUGGGUAUUUAGUUCUUAGCAAACUGUCUUCCCUUACUAAAAGAGAAGGUAAUGACGAAGUGACUGUGGAUAACGAAACACAAUUCAUAAGUUUAAACUUUUCAACGGUAUAUGACAACGGAUUGCUAAUUUGGACAUCACAGGAAGAGUGGUACAUGGGUUUAGGAAUAACUAAUGGAUCAUUGACAGUGACAUGGGCACAGAAUUAUAAAAGAGCCAAUAAACUGACAGCACCGAAAUCUAACAUAACCAAUAGUGAAUGGCAUACGGUGAGGUUGAAUGUCACAAAAUCAGAUAUAACAUUAGAAUUAGAUGAUUGGAUAUCAGAUCCAUAUCACCACAAUAUAGAUUCGUUCAAUUUGAAUGAUAACAUAAUUUAUCUAGGAGGAGUUCCAGAAGAGAAAUUCUUCUUAAAUGAUAGACAAGAGUUAUUUAAAAGCAAUUUUCGAGGAUGCAUCGAACAACUGACUGUUCAAGAAAAUGUUAUAACUGAUUUCAAACACUAUGAGAGCGUAAAUGUAGAUGUGUGUGAUACAUGGUGA